AGUAGUUAUUAGUAGUAAAACAGUCAAAUAUGGAUGUGUGUAUAGAUAAAAAUUAUCAGUCAUUCCUCGAUAAUAUUCACAACGAAUGUUGAAGCCGCCAUGAUGAACAGUCGAACAGCCUUUCCUUCUUUAAUCACACGACAUGAACCCUUGUUUGUGACGUUAAAACCAAAAUUCACGAUUAAAUAAACAAUGUUUACUUCCAUAAAGACUUUAACAGUGUCAAGAAACACACUAUAACCAUCAUCAUGAAGAAACCACAGCUCCUCUUACAGCAUUAUGUUCUCUUGUGCCUAAUAUUCAUGUUCGCUUCGCCACAAACUAUUAUCUUUCCUUCAAAUUAUACCUACGUAGAGGUCAAUAGUUCAAUGGCAAUAUCGUGCUCACUAGGAAAAUCUAACGAAUCUAUGCAGGAUUUACAUUUAGAUAAAUGCAUACCCCAACAGGAUUGUGAACGUUUGGAGCCUAUCGGUCAGAAUAACACCACCAAAUUCUACAGGCAACAUCUAGACACUGUUAGCACGAAAUUUAUAAGCUAUUUUUGCAUAACCCCCUCUGAAAGUUUCUCAAGCUCGUCACAUUUGGAAGUCAUGGUUGGUUAUAAACCUCAGCUUCCAGAAAAACUGAACUGUGUGUCAAACAAUAGAGGCGAUUUGCGUUGCAACUGGGAAGUACCUGAAAAUAACAUUAAUAAUUCAGUUCUGUCACAUUGGACUGUAACAUACACAGAUGGAGCGUUCGCAUACAGACCGUGUCCUGAAAGUCUUACAACGAAACUUCGUAGCAACAACUUUACCACAGGAUGCUAUAUACCUCCAGUUGAUGUUGCAAUAUCUCCCUAUGGUCUUUAUGACACGUUUGUACCAUCUCCAAAUUAUUACAUGAAUAUAACACUAAGCAAUAAAAUUGGAGUGACAAGUCGUAUCUACAACAUUACUACCCGUAGAAUAGUGAAACUGUCUCAUCCUAUUGUUACAAUAAAACCAUCCAGCAACACAUUACAACUUUCUUUGAAUCUGCCCAAGGAGUUUAGGGACAACCGCGAAAUUGAUGAUAUUGUUGUCUACAACAUAACGUACCGAGCUUCUUGGAUUAAUAAACCAAGAAUGGUAAUAUUUUCCAGUGGAAAUGAUAGCGUAACUACAACACUACGAAACUGUAUUCCUUUCACGAACUACAUAAUACAAAUAACAGCAAGACCAGAACGUUCUUUAUACUGGAGUGAUGUCAAAACCAAACACAUCAAGACUGACCCUGAUGUUCCCUAUUGGGCACCUGAAACGUCGCCAGGUCUUUACUAUGUUCAUAAUCAGACUGGAAUAACCCUGUUUCACAAGCCCUUACAGGAAAGAUAUUGGAACGCAGAGGACUGUAAGGUAAAUGUGGUACUUUCAGAUGAAAUCAACAGUACCAUAUGGGAGGGAAACUUCUCUUCUUCUGAAGCGUUUCUGACGAUACCCAAAGAUAUAUCCGAUUCUCACUAUUCUGCAUCACUCAGAUAUAUCAAUAUAGAGGGACCCUCUGAAAACGCUUCAAUACUUUUUAUAAACGAAAACGAAAGUGGAUUAUUUGUCAUGGCGGAAGAAAUUCAAACAAAGGGUUACUGGAUCACCUGGGAGAUGGAUGACGUCGUUCCUAUAACAUCCGUAACAAUAAUGUGGUGUACAAAGAUUGGUCAAAAACAUUGUGAGGGUGACAUUAAGUGGAAAAAUUUCCAGAGGCCUGGAAAUGGUGUACGUCUUACUGACAUAGAGCACAACAAAUAUUUGAUAUUUGGGGUCUCUGUACAAUACAAAAAUAAUACCUCAUCAGGACUCACAUUUGCAACAUGCUAUUAUCAACAACCUUAUUCUCGGGAUGACUUCAAAUUAGCUUUCAAUGCCAGACAUCUAAAGAAGAACAGUAAGCAGGAACUGGUCAUUGACCUUGUAUCAUCUGUUUGUCAAUAUGAAAGCAGACCAUUAACUUACCAAGUCUUCUACCAAAAGCAUAGAAAUGUGAACAUGAGGUGCCCAGAUGAUUUUUCAUUGAACAGAACAGAAAAUGUCAGACACGAUCUUCGAGACGUAUCGUUGACAAAUAUAUAUCCUGGAGAGCAAUAUGAUAUUUGUUUGGGUGUAAUACUAGCAAACAACCACACAGUAUAUAGCGAAAUCCAGACCGUCUCAUUUCCAGAAAGCGAUACUAUUGCUGAUGAUGAAACUACAGCAGUUGCCAUUCUUGUGCCAAUCUUAGCAGUGUGUAUAAUAAUGUUCAUGGCGUACUGCAUUAAACGAAAAUGUACUUUUGAAAAACCUGAUAUCAAGAUGCCUGACAUUGAAUCAUAUGUGCCCGUGUCGUCAGUUGAGACUAAUCCAGGAUACAACAAUGGUCUGUCAGAUGAAGAAAAAGAUAUACGUGAUAUGGGUGAUAGUGGUACUCAUAGUUCGCCGGAAUCCAUUUCCUCUGAGGACCAAGGACCGGAAGUUGAUAGGGAAAGUGUAAGCAGUAGUGGCAUAGGGUCCACGAAAUGUGAAUCCGAUGUCUUUUCAGUGCCAACUACACCGAUUGACUCAGACAAACAAACCCUUAUAUUCAAAAUGAUGAUGGAGAAACCGAAGCAAACACACACGGAUCUCACAACCUGCAAUGUUUCAGUUAUGCCAGGUGAAGAAAAGGCGAAAGUAACCUAUACCUCAGAAAUACCUCACAUUUCUAGUAGUUGUUCAAGCCCAAUUGAUAGCUACAGCAGAGUGGAGGAGGAGGGGAAUACAUUGCAUGACAUGAUGGAUGAUGACUCAGGAGAUAUUUCAGGAGGUUAUAGAGAUGUGAUGUGUUCUAAUUACUCUUCCACUUGUGCUUCCGAUUCUGAAAAUUUAGACACGUGUCCUUCCACUCCAGAACUCGAGAGACAAUGUAAUCCCUGUGAUAGUGACACGGUUGUAGGCACUUCUCAAACAUUUUCCAUAGGAAGUGACAGUUCCCAAAGUACAGUUCCCUAUGCCACAGGUUUUGAGAUUGAUUCAAGUGGGAAAAAUGGGAUAGAUAGUUGCCAAGAAAGCAAAGAUAGCGAGUUUGCUAUAACAUUAUAGGAAAAAUAGUAACUACAAAUGCAAUGUCAUAAAUAAAUCAUUCAAGGCAACAAAUCCAUCAGUUCUGACACUGAAUGCAUGCAAUACUGUGUUGUGCUCAAGAAAUAUCAAAUGGUUUGCCUAAUUAGUGUUUCAGGAACUAUUGCACCAAUAUACUCAGGGACUUUUUUAACUGAAAUUUUAAUCUCGUUUGAGUAAAUAGAUAUACAUUAUUUUAAAAUUAGGAGACCAUAAUUUUAAAUCAAAUUCCAAAGUAUUAUUGGAUACGGAUUUAGUAUUAUUAAGACAGGAAAGAUGGAGUUCGUACAGAAGUUCGGAUGAGGUUAAACCUCAUCUGUUCAAGCAGGAGAGGUAUUCAGAUGAGGUUACACCUCAUAUGUUCACACAGGAGAGGUAUUUAGAUGAGGCUAGUUUUCGGAUUAGGUUAGAUCUCGUUUCUUCACAAAGGAGAGGUAUUCAGAUGAGGCUGAAUAUUCAGAUAAGGUUACAGCUCGUUUAUUCACAAAUAAAGGUAUUCAGAUGAGGUUUCACCUCAUCUGUUCAACAGUAGAGAUAUUCAGAUGAAAUUAGCUAUUCGGAUGAGGUUAAAUCUCGUUUGUUCACACAGUAGAGAUAUUCAGAUGAGGCUAGUUAUUCAGAUGAGUUUAAAUCUCGUUUGUUCCCACAGUAGAGGUAUUCAGAUGAGGUUAGUUAUUCAGAUGAGGUUACAUCUCGUUUGUUCCCACAGUAGAGGUAUUCAGAUGAGGUUACGCCUCGUCUGUUCAUUAUGUACGUAUUUGACAUUUGGUAUAUAUAUUUGUACAAGCACGAAUUUGGAACUCAAAAGCAAAUGAAAAGGAAAUGAGUUUGUUUAGAAAUAUCACAGUGUUAAAAGCAACCUUUAACUUGGACCCGGAAAAAGUGGGAAAAUGUUUGCUAUCGGAAGCUAAAUUAAAUUCUUUUGAAUUGUACAUACUGAAUUCCCAAACUGGGAAAAAUAUUCUUGGAAAAAUUUCAAUUACAUUUUUAAGACGUUGUUAUACAAGUGUGUUCAUGAUAUGAAAGUUUUUAAAAUCUCUUCAAUAUUUAUUUCAAUUUAACAUAAUAUUUUUAUGACAUAGUUCUCAAACUUUACCUUUUCAUGUAUUUACAUUUACUUUAGUUUGUGACAAUCGUGAAAGAACUAAUUUUGACAGCUAUUGCUAUUAUUAAGUCAUACUAAUAAGUAUUAAGUUUGAAUGGCAAGGAUUGCUUUGGAAAUAAAUGGGAAAUUAACCACUUUCCUUUUCUUCUAACACAAAUGGUUUCAACUGCUGAAAUUUGUAAACAAGAAACUCCUUAAUAUGAUGUUGAAUUUUUAUUUGAUUUUGUGAUUAGUUGAGUCACAAAAAAUGAAUCUGUCUGUUUUGUUCCGGAAAUAAAUGGGAAAUUAACCCACUUUCCUUUUGUUCUAACACAAAUGGUUUUAACUGCUGAAAUUUGUGAACAAGAAACUCCUAAAUAUGAUGUUGAUUUUUUAUUUGAUUUUGUGAUUUGUUGAGUCACAAAAAAUGAAUAUGUUUUGUUUUUGUUAAGUCGGGUUUUUCUGUUACUUAUAUUCAGGUAUAAUGUUUCUGUAAGCCUCAUCCACCUAAAAAGAUCAUUGUUUUCCCCUAAAAGUUACAUCAUAGACUGUUUGAUCACACUACCAUUUUCCUUAUUUACGUUUUAUCAUUCACAAUAUGACUGAUUGUUGAUGUUGGACAGGAGUUUGCUCUGAGAGUUAUAAAUAAAGUGUUCAUUAUUAA